UAUAAGAAGCACUGUAGAAAACUCACAAGGAAGUGAAGAGAUAUGGAAGUCCUAUAUAGCUUAGUUGCUGUAUUGUCUGCUUCUUUUCUUGUCAUAUUGUCAUGGAGAAUCUUAAACUGGGCUUGGUUCAAGCCGAAGAAGCGGGAGAAAUGCCUCAGACAACAGGGUUUGAGGGGAAACUCUUACAAUCUUGUGUUUGGAGACAUGAAAGAGACUGUCAGGAUGAUCCAAGAAGCCAAGUCUAAACCCAUUAACUUUACCAAUGAUAUUGUCUCCAGAGUCAUGCCGUUCAUUGAUAAAACCAUCAAAACUUAUGGUGAAAAUUCCUACGCAUGGGCUGGACCAAUGCCUGCAGUCCUGCUCAUGGACCCUGAACAUAUAAAGGAGGUUAUGAACAAAAGUUUCAAUUAUCUGAAGCCUCCUGGUAAUCCACUAAGCAAGCUACUUGCUACGGGACUUGUUAGCUAUGAAACUGAUAAAUGGUCCAAACACAGGAAGCUUAUUAAUCCUGCUUUCCAUCUAGAGAAAGUGAAGCUUAUGCUCCCGGCAUUUCGUUUGAGUUGUUUUGAGAUGGUGAGCAAAUGGGAACAAUUAAUCUCGGAAAAAGGAUCCUGUGAAUUGGAUGUGUGGCCUGAGCUUCAAGCUUUAACAAGUGAUGUAAUUUCAAGAACUGCAUUUGGAAGCAACUAUGAAGAAGGACAGAAGAUUUUUGAACUUCAGAAAGAACAGGCUGAGCUGAUCUUGCUAGCUGCGCGAUCACCUUAUGUUCCGGGAUGGAGGUUUGUGCCGACUAAGAGGAACAAAAGAAUGAAGGGAAUUGCGAAGGAGGUUCGGUCAUUAGUGAUGGAUAUGAUAAAUAACAGAGUGAAGGCAAUGAAAGCCGGGAAAGCUAAGAAUGAUGACUUAUUGGGUAUACUAUUAGAGUCCAAUUUCAAGGAGAUUCAACAACAUGGAGAUAAGAAAUUUGGAAUGACUUUAGAUGAAGUCAUUGAAGAGUGCAAGUUGUUCUAUUUUGCUGGACAGGAGACAACCUCAUCCUUGUUGGUCUGGACUUUGAUUCUUCUGAGUAAGCAUCAAGACUGGCAGGAUCGUGCCAGAGAUGAGGUUCAGCAGGUUUUUGGCAGCAAGAAACCAGAGUUUGAAGACUUAAAUCACUUGAAAGUUAUCACAAUGAUUUUGAACGAGGUUCUAAGGCUAUAUCCACCAGUUGUAAUGCUUGGUCGAAUGACUACUGAAACAACCAAAUUAGGGGAACUAACUUUACCGGCUGGAGUGCAGCUCCUGUUGCCUGCAAUCCUUCUGCAUCACGACAGUAAGAUAUGGGGUGAUAAUGCAAAAGAAUUCAAACCAGAGAGAUUUAGUGAAGGAAUUUUAAAGGCAACUAAAGGGCAGCUGACUUAUUUUCCAUUUGGUUGGGGACCCCGGAUCUGCAUUGGACAAAAUUUUGCAAUGUUAGAAUCAAAGUUGGCAUUAGCUAUGAUCUUGCAGCGCUUCUCUUUCGAGCUUUCUCCUCUGUAUGCGCAUGCUCCUCACACAAUCAUCACUCUCCAACCCCAGCACGGUGCUCAGCUGAUUUUGCGCAAACUCUAGUGUACAACAAGAUACAACAAAUUUAUCCAUGAUGUGAGAAUAAUGACUUCAGGACAUGUUUUGUGUUGUAUUAAGUAGGUCCAAGAACUGUGUGGACGAUAAAUCUAGGCUUGUAUUAAGGACGAGGCUUUGACAUUGCAGCUCAGGGAUUGUUUAAACUCUUAUUGCUGUGUUAUUAAACUACUUUAAAAUGUUAAGUACUGUAUAAUUUUUGCAAUUAAUUUGUUGGAGAA